AUGUGCAACAUCACAUUCAGCCAAGAGCUUUGGGCUCUCAUCAUAACCUUCAGCAAGUACCACUUCGACCGUCAAGAUCCCGAAUUCCUUCGAGCCAUCGAAGACUGCAAGAUGGAGUACCCGCUGUGGCAAAGUACUAGCCUCGACAAGAGCAAUCGCUUUGAGGUUCGGAGAUUCGUAGAGCGUACAUCUGAGCUUCCGCUCAAGUUUCCGCUCGAGGUCAUCAUGGCAUAUCCCGAACAGCGCUUCAAGUUCUACCAGGAGAUCUUGUAUUGGAUCAACAGAGGACCGAAUCACCUGCGCAAGGACCACAGCAUUGCAUGGGUCCACAUCAUGCAGGAAGAGAUCCCGGAGGUGGUCGUUGUUGGUGAGGAAUUGGUUGGAGACGAUAACGAUGACGAGGACAGUGAGUGGGAAGGAGAGGUCCUUCAGGAACACCUGGGUCCCGAGGGCAUUGAGGAGUAUACGAAGAUGGCCUUGAACGAAGGGCACACAGACAACGAGCACCAUUGGUAUGAUCUGCGACCAGAAGAUCUCAACCGUAGUAACUCUCACCAUGAGGAAGGAUCGGUUACUCAUGAGGAGGAAGUGGAGGAAUAUAUCAUGACAGUCAGCCGUGGAAAGGCCAUGAAUACCCCUGAACCUGUGGGAAAUUAUCGUUCUCCGCGGGUGGAGUCCACAGUAGAUCUCAGCGAUGAAGAAUCUCUCUUUGAGGACGAGGGCAUCUCCCAAGAAGACGAACUGGAGGUGGACCGCAACCCAGCCAAGCGUGCAGCUACCAGCAUUGCUCCAGAGCUCGCCACCCUUGACGACUUCCCUCAUUUGGAGAAGCCAGAAGGACCCAGCGAUGAAGGCUAUUCCCUUGAGGUCGGAGAGAGUUCUCAAGAGGAAGAAGAAGAGGAGGAGGACGAGUAUGUCGUGCCAGCCAAGCGUCGAAAGACCAAGACUGGUCCCAAGCCCGCCACUCCAAACUCCACCGCCCAUAACCAUUCUUCCACCGCUCAUGAAGAUGCUUCUGCCUCCCAUGAUCAUUCUUCACCAACAACAGGCCCUCCUCCUAGAGCUAUUCGCAUCCAAACAUCUCGCGGUGGAGCAUGGGCUCUUCCCGCUCCAUCACCUACCGCCGGCAUUCCUUCUCGGGCCGAAUUGUCAAAGGCGGAGCUUCGCGAGCGUAUGAAGUUUCCCCGGUGCACGAGAUGCAUUGCUGCGGGGAAAUGGUGUGACCGUCUGAUUGGGACUAAUUCGAAGUGCAACCAGUGCUUGGUGGCUAGAGACCCAAAUGUUGUGUGCGAGGCAGAAAAGAUCAAGGCUUCGAAGUGUCAUCCGGGUGCUAUCCAUGGGAGAGAUAAAUCCGGAGAGCCAAAGCGUGAGAAUACCACCACGAAGGGCAAGAAGAGAAAGGCUUGA